UCUGCUUUUAUAUGUAUAGUAAAUAAAAUUAAAUUUUUUAUUACUUUUACUGGACUUCACGGUGCUCCGCUGUUUUUUCUUCUUCUCUUUGGAAUUUAUUUGACCGCAUGGGAUGGCGGCUGGGUGUGCAGCACGUUGAGUCCAGCGUCUGGUUAGUGCUCCCACUAAACACAAUUUUUUCUGGACGUCUCAGAAAUCCUGCCAGAUACAAGGCCAAAGCAUUCUACAGACCAAAUUCUACAUCUGGGGAUCUCUCCAAUAGUCUUAUGUUAUGUGACAAGGCAGGAUUGAGGGUCUACGGUGGCAGCUUUAGGAGGACAGCCACAAGGCAACUCUAUACAGGUGAGCACCUUGCCCCAUGCGGCAGUGAGCAGCCAGUUACAGAGGGCAGCAAAAAAGCACCUCCUGUAACUUUAAGAGCCAAAUUUUUGUUUUUCAAACCAGAAAUUCGGCUCUGCUAGUGCAAAAAGUGCUGUAGCGCUCAUUGUGCUAGUGAUGCAGGCCCUCUUGACCUGCUCAGAUGCUAAACUUUUCCCAUUUAAUAGUACCUUAACAAGUACUCAAUAAUAUUUUAUCUGUGCAACACUGCAAUCUCAUUCAAAUAGUUAUUGAAUAUUAAUAGUUAAUAUGUAAGUGCAGAUUACAUUAUAAUAUGUUUGGAGUUGAGAUCAGCUUUUAUUGUGUAACCUGCGCGGUAAACAUGAUGGUUGAUCCCAAUUUAAUUAAUAGGGAAAAAAGAUAAAUAUAUAGAAAAGCCGGUGUUUUUUUCUGGAAAAGGUGGCAACUCUACCUGCACUGCUUAAUAUGUGCCAAUAUAAAGCUGUCCCUACAUAAAACUUCUUAGAACUACAGCUCUCCAUCAGAACUUGUGUUCCACACACAUUUAAAUAGUUUUGCAUGCUGUCCACCACAAUAACCAUAACGAUUGCCCAUUUCUUUGCACUGGUUUAGAUUUUUAAUCGGCAGUUAAUGGAUCUCCUCUGUCUUCAAGUCACGGAGUAACCUGCUAUAGAAAUAGAUGGCGCUUGGCUGCCUAGUGGCCACUGCUGGUAUUGCACAUAUUUAAAUAAAGGAAAAUGCGAUAAAUGCGCCGAGGCAACUCUAGAUAACUCGCUUGCUGCUAAUUAGCUAGCGUUACAGCGCAUUAAACCUACCAAAAAAAGUGGUUGCAUCUGUAGCUGAAAAAAUUGAUCGAUUUGGGUGCUUUUGCGUGAUUUUAUCGUUUUUUCCCGAUCCGAAUUUUUUGAGUUAUUUUAUUCAUAAAUAAGAUAAAAUUGUGGAUGGGAGUUUGGUUGAGCUUGCUUUAAUAAAAAUAUGAGAUCAAUUUGAGUUUUAGUUAAUAACCCCUGUUAAUGAAAAAAAUAAAAGUGCCAUGAUAAAUCAUGUGAGUGUAAUUAAUAACAUUUCCCAUACACCUAGACCUUACCCAUACUAGCCUACUUUCAAUGACCCCCUCCAGGUUAUUAAUCAAUAAGACUCCUGUGGUACUCCACAAAAAAAAAGUUUCAAUUAGAAUGCUUUUUGUAAUCUAUCUGUCAGCUAGUUCUCUAUUCAGGUACAAAUACUAUGUUCCAGGCCAACAUUCCUUCAUUUAACCAGUAACCUUUGUGUGGCACUGUAUCAAAUGCUUUAGCAAAGUCUAAGUAAAUCACAUCCACUGCCAUCCCAGUGUCGAUGUUGCUGCUCACCUCCCCAUAAAAGGCAAUUAAAUGAGUCUGGCAAGAUCGGUUACAUAUAAAAACAUGCUGACACUGCAGUGUGUUUGUAAUGAUGUGUAGUGUUGGUUUAUGACAAUUGCAUUUUAUCUUAUGGCCAUCUAGGAAGGCCAAAAGGGGUGGAAGAAGAGGCCAAGUCUGAAUGCAAGUUAGGAUGUAUUUUGGAUACAAUGCCUGUUUUCUCAACUGUACUAGCACAGUCUUAAUUUUAUUUAUGAUGGAAUGUGGGAAAAUUGCAAAUACAGCAGUGUUUUUAUAUAUUGACAACCUUAUAUUGAGCUAAUGGGAUCAAAGGUGGUUGCAUUUGAUCAUAUAAAAAAAACUUGAUUACAGGAACUUCCAUGUUUGGAAAGAUGCAUUUCUGACACUAAUAUUUUUGAAACUGGAAUUGCAGGGAAACUAUCCCUCUGAACAUUUCAGGUCUCGAUAAAUUAUAUUGCAUCAAACAGACCAUAUGUAAAAUACUAAAUAAAUAAUAUUCAAAUAUAUAUUUCUGUCUUAUAGCCGUAAACCAUAAACCAUUGGAUAAUCCCAAAAAGAAACACUGAAGGCAAGUCCUCACUCUGUUGAAUGUUGGUUAAACUAGUUGUGAGAAGCUGAUGUGCUACCACCACAACAUAUGGAGGCAAGACACAUCUGUGUGUUAAUAUCAGGAAUUCACUAUAAUAGACCAAGGUCAAAGCAGGGAAGUCAGGAACAAGGACAGUGCAAGGUAAAUACUUACAGGACAGGAACUCAGUAAUAGGCUUAAAUAGCCCAUAAUUGACCUGGAUCAUGGGGAAAGGACCUCCAGACAACAUGGCAGGCUAAAACACCAGUUCCUCCUAUGGCUCAACCUGGAGGAGCAGUGGUCAGUAUGAGCAGGUCCCUGGCUCUAAACCAGGGAGUUUCUGAUAAGCUCAUAUGCUUCAUUAUGCUUAUACACAAAUCAAGUGCACACAUACACAAUCAAUUAUAUCAGCCAAUGAAUGGGCAUGGCUCUGUAUCUUACUCCCAUGCUCCUUAGAGCUAAGGGAGCACAAUGACACAGAGCAUCACAAAAUGGUGGCCCAUGGUAAAAGUUGUAUACACCAAUUUGAUAGGAUUCUUUACUAGAUCACAUAUGAUGAUACAAAUAUCAGUAUUCAUUCUGAAGGUAUAGUUUUCCUUUAAAAAACAACACCACUGCAGCACAAGAGAGACCUGCACAUCCUUCCUGUUUCUAUUCAUGGCCUAAACAAUACAGUCCAACCUUACAUCCAUUUAUAUGUACCACUCUCCAUGACAUUAUACUCAACUCUUGUUUUUAUUCACAGACAGUGACAUUUGCAUCCCAUGCCCAAAAAUGGAAUUGCCCAACGAGGAAAGGAGUCAAUGUAUUGCAAAAGUUGAAGAUUUUUUAUCAUAUACCAAUGUGAUGUCUGUAUUUUUCUCGGCUAUCACAGCUUUAUUUUUUCUUAUAUCUCUGUCGAUACUGGGAGUUUUUAUUAUACACAGGGACACCCCCAUAGUGAGAGCCAACAACAGGAGCCUGAGCUUCCUCCUCCUUGUCUCCAUCAAGCUGAGCUUCCUCAGUGUGUUUCUGUUCCUCGGUCGCCCUGUGGAUAUAACCUGCAUGUUACGUAGCUUCACCUUUGGAAUCACCUUCUCCAUAGCUGUCUCUUCUCUCCUGGCCAAGACUAUCGUGGUUUGUGUUGCUUUCAAAGCCACCAAGCCAGGGAGCUCAUGGAGAAAAUGGGUGGGAGUCAAACUGUCCAAUUCUGUAGUCUUGUUCUGCUCAUCCAUUCAAAUAAUAAUCUGCAUGACUUGGUUGUCCAUUUCUCCUCCCUUUCAGGAACUGGACCUUCACACUUACCCUGGAACCAUCAUCAUUCAGUGCAAUGAGGGCUCAGCUAUUGGCUUUUACUCAGUUAUUGGGUAUAUGGGGCUUCUGGCAGCUGUUAGUUUUGUUUUAGCAUUUUUAGCUCGGACAUUACCGGACAGUUUUAAUGAGGCCAAGUACAUCACUUUCAGCAUGUUGCUCUUCUGCAGUGUUUGGAUCACAAUGAUCCCGGCCUAUCUGAGCACCAAAGGCAAAAACACUGUGUGUGUGGAGAUAUUUGCCAUACUCACCUCAAGUGCUGGACUUUUAGCCUCUAUAUUUCUGCCCAAAUGUUACAUCAUCUUAUUGAGAUGUGAAAUGAAUACAAAAAUGUAUGUGUUUGGGAACAAAAUCUAAUUAUUUUUCAAUUAAACAUGCAUAUAGUGACUCUCACAUGAAUUACUUAAUAGUUAAUUAGUGUUGAAUAAAUACUGUCCAUCCAUUGCAGGAACAACAAUAAAAGCCAUUGACAGUUGAGGUAAAUGUGCCCAAUGGUAAAGGGGACCUGUGUAACGGUUGGCACCCUAAAUCUAGGCAGAAUCAUAGUCAGAUGAGACCGGGUCAGGGCAGGCGGAGAAUAAUUGUAGUCAGGCAGGCAAAUGUCAAACCAGGUAGUCAAUCAGAGUCGGUAAUCAGAGCAAGGGUCAGGUUUCAGAAGGUAGAAUAGUCAAAGCCAGGCAGGGUCAAAAACAGAUAUGAAACAGGAACAGGAUCAGAAUCAGAGAGCUUACGCUCAAAACACCACAAGGAUAAACCUAUAACGGGCAAGGUACUGAAGCCAGAAUGAGCCUUAUAUAGGGGUUUGAAUUUCACGCCAAAACGUGCCUCUGCGCGUCUGCAUCUAUAAAUAGAACGGGUCGCGGGCGCGUGAGCCCUAGGAACCCAAAAUGGAGGAGGAAUAAGAACGGUGUGGCGGGAGUCCCCACUGGACCAUCAGGGUAAGUCGUUUUUAUUACAACCUGUCACCCUAUAAAAUAAUUCUAAAUCCUCUUCUCUCAUGUUUAUCAAGCAAAAUCAUUUAUUUUAUACUAAACAAACCAUAAUUACUUUCUUUACUUCACAAUCACAGCAGUAAGGCACAAUGUAGUUAAAGCGUCAUCAUCAUUAUUAUCAUUAUUAUAUACAGUGUACUCAGGUGGGAGGAGCAAUGUGAAGAAUGAAAGCUAAAAUGUUGAAUGUUAUGGAUGUAACAAUUUAAAAGGCUUUUAGUAUAUAGCUUUUUAUUUCUGGAAGACAGAACCCCAAUAACAAAAACUGUACCCUUAAAGGGGAAUAUCAUGAUUUAUUUAAUAUUGAAAAUAUGAAGGCUAUACAAAGGUUUUAGGUUUUAUUGCACGAUUUUUGCAAAUUAUUAUAGCAGCCUCCCCUACUCUACCCUCCAGAAUCUCUGGUUCCUGGUCUGUGUCAGUGAUUGAGAAAGAGUCGAGUGACAGAGCAAAGUGAAAGCUGAUUUGCUGGGGAUAUCAAGAGGCCACACCCACAACAGAAAACGUGCAGAGAAGAAGAGAAACAAUGGAGUUUGGCAGGACUGAUAAGAACUGCAUUGGCACAGAUAACAUUAAAGCAGCUCAUUGUUUAUAUCAUUUAUAUUGUUUAUACCCCAUCUUUUUGCUUUUGGUUUUGUGCUAUUCCCUGAGCAUGCUCAGAUCAGCAACCUGUGAUCCUUAUGCAGAUACAUUCUACAGCUGGACUGCACAACAAUAAAUAAAAAGGAGCAAGAAGAAUUCCCUUUUCUAUUUCUUCUGUAUAAAGAGUGAGGACUCCCGGGACUCCCGGCACAGACUGAUCCACUGAAGGAACUGACAAUCUUUAACUCUUCAUUUCCCUUCAGUGAAUUAACAACAAACACUAUGAGAUUCAGCCUGAACACACAGACAUAUUGUGUCUAUAGAACCAACACAUUUCUCUUUCUUAUGCACAUUAUUCACACUGGCUGAGGUUUGAUAAGAAAUAGUAUUAUUAUUAUUAUUAUUGUUAUUAUUAUUAUGUAGGGGACAGGAAGAAUCCUUCCCCUGUUUGUCUUCCAGUGACAUCAUCCAGCCCAGUUGCAUGCUGGAUAGUGACCUG